AUGCAUGCAACAGUGCAUGAACAUAUGGCUGGUAGCCUAUUGGAUAUAUAUUCGGGCCUGUUAAGUCAUCAAGCCAUGAUCCUAGCCAUGAACUCCAGCUUUGUGAAUCCCUUAUGGCAAUUUGAAUCUCAAUUGAAGAUAGUAGAGUCAUCCUUUAAACUGGCAUUUUCUAUGCCAAGUUUUAUGACCCUGAAAGAAGUGGUGGAAAACGAUGAUGACCAUGAAGACCUGGAGCGUUUAUAUCAAAAUAUUUUAAACAUAUAUGAGGACACUCUUCUGAUCUUAGUGUCUAAAGACCUCUAUAAGCUACAGAUCUUGAAGGAAAUGGCUGUGUGGAUGAGUAAAGACAAAUCAUUCGUACAGGAAAGAGUCAUUGUGAUCAUAAGCAGGGUGCUAAGUUUCGCAUCCAAGAAAGUCAGAGGAUACACAAGUGUCGAUGCUCCAUGUUUGGGUGACCUGGCAGCAGAGCUAUGUCUUUUAUGCUCCCAUGCUGAUCCCUCAAUCACACAACAAGCAUCCUUUGGAAUGUAUCACCUCCUAUGCAUUGCAAAGUGUCAGAAUGGUAAGAAUUGUUCACCUUUUCUAAGUUCUGGAAAUCAUAGCCACCUGUUACAUCCUUUUGAUAUAAAAUUACUUCCAAAGUUGUUGUCAAAAGAGAGAAGUCAAAUUGCUCAGAGUGUGGGACAGAGCUUAAUGCCAUCUUUGCUGACUGAUUUUGUUUGGAAUCUCCUGAUGAAACUCUCUGCAUCUGAUUAUACAAUUGCAUCCGAGGCAGCAACCAUGCUCAAGCUGACUCUGGAAUAUCAUGCUGAUAAAGUCACCAUGGUGUCUAAGAUUGUGGAUACUAUUUAUAAGCAAUUGUGUGGAGAGGCUUCUCUCAUUGUGAAGCAGGCCAUGUUGCAGGUCAUCACGUUGUUGACACGCACUUCACCGAAGAAAGUCAUCUUUCAACUUAUGGACUACCCAGUCCCAGCAGACAAUACUCUGAUCCUGAUGUGGCAGGCAGCAGGUUCCGAGUCAAGCGUGGCCCCUCACGUCCUGAAGACAAUCUUGUUGAUACUGCGAGGAAAGCCUGGGGAAAGGGAGCCCACCCUACUGGAAAGAAGACGUUUCUCUCUUGAUGCUACUAACAUGAUGCCAGUGGCGGCAUCCCAGGCCCUGUGCACAUUGCUGCCUGUUAGUUCUUACAAGAAAGCUGUGGCCCAGCUUUUCCCCCAGCUGUUGAUGGCACUCAUGCUUCAACUCUUUUACGCCAGUGACCUGAAACUGACUGCAAAGGAGAGGCCUUUAUUUGCCCGGGAUGCCCUGAGAAUUCUGCUGAAAUGUUCUGGACUGCAACAGGUGGACUUUGCGCUUCAAAGAAAGAAUUGCUGGAAUGAGUUUGCGGUGCUGUUUCACCACUAUGGGGUUUACCUUAUUGCAAAAACUCUCAGUGACUUUAACUUUCCACAGUUUCCAGAGACCUUGCAUUAUCUCUACAAACUCUCAGUUGAAGGUCCUAGAAGGUCAGAAGACACUGUCAUCACAAUAAUAUUCUUCACCGAACUUCUGAAUAACUUCUUCAAGGACCCGUUCCCAGAAGAAUUUCUAAUACUUUUCCAAAACUGGGUCAAUGACUCAAAUUCUACAGUUAGCAAACUGAGCCUUCAGAAAAUUGCAAGCUUGGCACCAGUUGUCAAUCAGAUUGAAAAUGUCUGCAGCUUAUUACUGUCUAUCCUGGAUGCCUUCUUGUCCAAAGACAAGACUGUAAUAAUCCGGGCCUUGUUAACCCUCCGAAGACUUUUAGGCAAACUGGACAAGGUGACCUACUCCUCUGUGUGUUCCAAAAUUGCUUCUAGCUACUAUCCUCUUAUGGAUCAUAAUCAUGGAGGCAUUCGGAGUGUGGCCAUCCACCACUUUGGAGAUUUGCUCAGAGAUAUGAGCCAGUACACGUGGAUGCUGAAAGACGUGGUCCUCCAAGCCUUGGUGCCUCUGAUCCUGUUCUUGGAGGAUACAGAGCUUAGAGUAGUUAGAGCAUGUAAAUAUACGCUAGAUAUCUGUGUCUUGCAAUUAAAUUGGUCAAUAGCAAGUUUGCUUGAAGAUGAAAACUACAAUUUUGAGGGGGUGGUACUCAAAAUCUGUAACAAUCUGUUCAUUUAUCAUUCAAGCUAUAUUACAUAUUUGAUAUCAGACACCUUAGCAUUCCUGAGGAGCUCCCGAGCAUAUCUGAGGAGAUCAUCAAUUAUUUUAUUAGGGUACUUAGCAAAAUUCAGCAGCCAUUUACUGCUCAAAGUUGAAAUUGAUUUCAUGCUUGAUGCUGUAGACCGAGUGAGGCGGGAUGCAAACCCUCUGACCGCAGAGCUGGCAGAAAAAACCUACGAGCUUUUUAAGGAAAUAGCCCAUGAACUGACCUCCUCAAAUGUUAAACAGACCUUCCGAAAAUUGUUUAGACACCUCUAUCUAAAAAAAAUGAAGCCUAUUUAUAAUUAUAAUCAUGCCCGUGACCUGAAAGACAGUGUCGAGGAGAUUAAAGAUACUAAGAGUGGCAAGGAAGGCCUCAAAGAGGAGAAUUUUGAAGAUAUUUGGUAA